AUGGGUCUAUUAGACUUCGUCAUUUUAUUACUUCAAGUUUGCGGAGUCGGCCUUAAUGUGCUAUUCUUGGUUACCGUUAUUGGAAGACUAACAAGCCGUUGUUUCUUCAUCCAACACAGCGUCUCGGUGACAAUCUCGAACAUUUUGGUCGUUCUCUACAGUGUACUCCUUGUGUCGAAUCCCUUUUAUAAAAUGGAUCAAUCCGAUGCCGCCAAACAAGGCAGCGAGACAACAUUUUUGUGGGGAACCGGUGUUUUUGUGCAUCUCUUUCAACACUUUGGGAUUGUUAUACUAGCCAUCUCGAGAACAGUGGCACUCACUUUCAAGACACAUGUUCAACAUCAGGUGUGGAGUAAUCGUGUUUGUCUGACCGCUUUGUGCAUUCAACUCCUUUUCCCGGUGGCUUUCGUUGCCGUUUUUGCCACCGAUGGCCCAGAGAUCACCUAUGGGAAAACGAUGGUCUGGAAUAAUCGGAUACUUUACGCCGGCUACCGAUUCGUGCUCUUUGUGAUUUAUGUGGUCACUUCGGGGCUCGCUUUGAUUGGAAUCACGGCUGGGUUGAUCAAAAGAAAAGCGAUGCUUCGUCAGAAAAGACUUUCGAAUGGUUUGUCGAUAAUUCCCACGAAUGAUCGCAAUGUCGUGAUUCACACCGUGAGAACGAGUGAAGAGCUAAACAGUCAACCCAUCCAAUACAUGCCGAACACCAUUCCGACGCUAAAAGCUGAAGCCGGAUUUAGUGUGAUCGUCGGUCUAUUGGUGCUCACGAAUUUGAUCCAAUUUUUCUUCCUUCAACUCGAUUUUCCCUCGGGGGAAAAUUAUGGCGAGAUGGCCUUUGUUGCAAUGGCCACCUAUUUAUAUCCGGUGGGAAUCGUGGCGUUGAUCGCGAGUCCGAUCAUCAAGUACAAAUUAAGGAAUGAUCGUGGGUUGAUUUGUCGUCUCUAUCGUCGCCUCGCCGGCCCAACAAUGAGAGACGUGGCCGUCCUCCCUCCGCCAAUUCCCACCAAAAUGGAGCCGAAUGCUGGCGUUUCCGCAAUUUAUCAGCCACGAAGAAAUACGAUCAUGAAUAUGUCU